AUGCACUCUCAGUCUGCACUCCUUCUUUUUGCUCUUUGCUUGGCCAGCUCUGUCCAUGCUGGAAAACGAGGAUUGGCUUGGCCUUGUGACCCAGGUGUUUUGAACAAUGGCGACGGCGAGGUUGUGGCGAUUUAUGACUGGGAGACUUAUGCGCCCCCUACCUCUACAGGAGGCACGGGUGGACUCGGAUUCAUUGGGAUGCAAGGCACCAUGGAUUCCGACUCUAGCCCUGUUGCCCAACUAGCUACCCGUCAAGCCCAGCAAGGAUGGGCUACCGUCUUCAGCUUGAAUGAGCCCGACAUUAACGGUAUCACUCCUGCCGAAGCAGCUUCCUGGUAUAUCGAAUGGAUUAAUCCUCUGGCUAUCAAAAAAGCACUCCCGGCCGUCACUUCCAGUACAACGUCGGGCCAGGGUCUUUCUUGGUUGUCUGAAAUGAUCAGUGCUUGUGCCGGGGCUUGCUACUUUGACUACAUCAACUUGCACUGGUAUGGAACGUCUUUUGCUGAAUUUCAAGCAUACAUUGAACAAGCCCACAACCAAUUUCCGUCGUACACUAUUGUCAUUUCUGAGUUUGCUCUAACUAACGGUGGUAACCAAGUUGCAUUCUUUGAGUCUGCGUUCCCGUUCCUUGAUGGCUUGUCAUAUGUGCUUUUGUACUUCCCUUUCGUCGCUACAUCUCCUGCCCUUUUGCAAGCGAAUGAUCCUGGUGCUGUGACUACGGUCGGAACUGGGUCUUGCCUGUAUACUAAUGCCGGUGGUCCCUCUUCUGUUGGUAACUUGAUGUACUGAUGAACUUACCGAGUUAUCGGGAUAUGAUAGUUAUGGCAGCUAUACGAUGGCAAUCCGGUGCUGUCUUCUUACUGUACUUAACUUAUCCCACAACUCUUCGUAGACAUUGACAAAAUUAUUCCAGUGGUCAAAUAAAUAUCCUUUCCUCUGAGUCCA